AUGCCGCAGGAGAGUUUGCAUAAGUUAAAUGUGGAUGGCGGUGUGAAGGGUGUUAAUGGUUGGGUGUUAGAGGGAGGUUUGAUUAGGAAUAGCAAAGGGCGUCGCAGAAUUUUGGUUGAGAGUGAUUGCAUGGAGUUGGUAAAGAUGGUGAAUGAUAAUUCUCUUAAUGCUUGUGUACCUCCGAAUGUUAAGUAUAUCUUGAAUGAAGUAAGGAAGCUCUUGAGUCAUAGUUGGAAAAUUGUUAUGAUUAAUGUGCUGCGUGAGGUGAAUAUGUGCGCUAAUUGGUUAAGUUCUUUUGCUGCUAACGUGUCGCAAGGUGUGGUUUUGAUGAAGGAUCCUCCUGAUGGUUUGAGGUGCUAG